AUGUCCACCGUCGAUAGCUCUGCUCCACCAGGACCCGGCCAACCCGGCGAAUCCAGUGUCGAUGGGGCGAACACGAGCAGCAACCUCCAGCAAGUGCAUGAUAGCCAGCCGCCGCCACAUGAUUCGGCGCAGCCUCAACCCAAUGGUGGUGCUGAGAAAGAAGCUGCCCCUCAUCGGCACAGUACCCUGGAUGUCAAGGGGAAAUUCAACCAUCAAAAAGACCGAAUCAAGACCAAGGCCAAACCACCUGGAGGCUACGACUCCACCCCUAUACCAGAUGCACCGCCCGGUUACACGGUCAAGUUCGUAUUUCACAGUGCAAGUAACCUGCCCGUUGCCGAUAUCAGCACUGGCGCUUCGGACCCCUUUGUCGAGGCUACAUUGAGUACUGCGUUACCCAAACGACACAAAGAAGAUCCUGAUCUCGUCCACCGGACCCCAACCUUGAGGCGUACGAUAACGCCUGAGUGGGAAGACGAAUGGAUCGUUGCCAACAUUCCGUCAUCAGGGUUCAAGCUCAAGUGUCGCCUCUACGAUGAGGACUGGCCCGAUCACAAUGAUCGGCUUGGCAAUGUGACGUACAUUGUUAAUGGCAUCGACGAGCACUGGGAGGGCGUUUCGCACAAGGAGUUUGAGGUGAAGAAGCGUGUGGGAAGUAAACGGGCAUACCUCCUCAAGGCCGCUACUUCCGCAUUUCACAAAGAUGUGUCGAUGACACCUCGGCUAGUCUUGACCGCAACUGUUCUGGGCUUGUCAGACUCUCAGCCGAAUGCCCAGGUUCAUACGGUGGGCCCGACCUCAUACUACAGGCACUUUUCACCCGUGAUAGGGCGGCUUGCAGGCGUUCAGGUGAACAAGAACGAGGAUGAUGACUCUAAUGACCACCAGGGGGAAGCUGCCAAUAGCAAUGGCGAUCAGGGAAACAACAAACGAACAACGAAGUAUGACUUUCAGGCCAUCGAAAUGCAACUGCAAGGGCCCGUCCCAGAAAAGCUCUACCACCGAUACGUGGAAUUUAGGCCAGUCAUUGGCCUCAUGUUCAGUCGGAGUGGUAUUCGUGGUCGUAUUUUACACAAGGCCUUGACCCAUCAACACAACCGCAUCUACAACUUCGACAGCUCAACCGAGUAUGGCCGAUUCAAGCCAUGCUCCGAGGAAGCGAGCUUGCAGUUCCUGAAGAUGGCACACUUUGACCAUGGAGGCCGCGUUUUCACUUAUGUCAUCACCCUGGACGGCCUUUUCCGCUUCACCGAGACUGGCAAAGAGUUUGGCAUUGACUUGCUCAGCAAGCACACGAUGCACUCCGACGUGGCGACGUUCAUAGCAUGCUCAGGCGAGUUCUUUAUUCGCCGGCUGCAGAAACCUACCGCUUCCGAAGAUCCUGAGCCAGAUCAGCCAACUCAUCCCAGCGAGCCGCUGCCAGGGGGUCCGCCUAAUGAUCAACCUCCGUCCAAGCCAUCCUACUACCAGCUAGUAAUUGAUAAUGACAGUGGGACUUACAGGCCCGACAAAUCAGUCCUACCUCACCUUCAAAAAUUCCUAGAGAAGAACUUUCCGGGACUAGGUGUUGUAACUCUCGCUUGCGAUGAUGAGGAAGACCAAAAGCUGAAGGAGAACCAGAGGAAGGUCAAGAAGGAGGAGGGCAGCAACAUCCAGAUGGUCCUCAACCGUAGCCCCAGCGCCAGCUCCUUCAGCUCCGACGAUAUCAGCGAUUUGGACGAGAUGGAACAAGCCGGAGAAACGGGCCGCAAGAGUAAGAGGGAGCGAAUGUGGGAUAUGAUAGAAAACGAUCAACCUCUUGAGGCCCUUAAGGGCAAGGUUCGACCAAAUCGUGAUGAGAGCGGACCGAGCAAGGCAGCUCAGCCUUCUUAG